AUGGACGUCGAGGAGUCGCCAUGGGCCGACUCGUCAAAAACGUCGCAGAACGAUGCGCCGAGCUCCCAGCCCUCGUCGUCGUCGCAGCCGGCCGCGUCGCCCUCCCCUCGCCCCUCGCGCGGGCCCCGUCGCCUCGUCGCUCAGCCCACCCGCCUCGAAGCUGUCGAGGAUCCUCUCGGCCCUCUGAGCGGCGCCCGCGACGCAGCCCCGCCCGUGCCGCCCCAGAAGGAGCAGAUGGGUCCUCGAGCUCCGCCGCCCGUCGAUGCCGCGAGGCCGAGCAGCGUCAGAAGCAAUACCCACCCCAGCGUCAGCAUCGAGCAGGCAGCCAAGCCGACGUUCCAGAUCACCGUCGGCGAUCCCGUCAAGAUUGGCGACCUCACGAGCUCCCACAUUGUCUAUUCCGUGCGUACAAAGACCACGUCUAGAGCCUACAAACAGCCCGAGUUCGAGGUGAAGCGGCGGUACCGGGACUUUCUCUGGCUUUACAACACCCUUCACGGCAACAACCCCGGAUACGUCGUUCCACCCCCGCCCGAGAAACAAGCCGUCGGCCGAUUCAACAGCAACUUUGUCGAAGGCCGGCGAGCCGCUCUUGAGAAAAUGCUCAACAAAACUGCGGCCCACCCAACGCUGCAACACGAUGCAGACCUCAAGCUCUUCCUGGAGAGCGAAGCCUUCAACGUCGACAUCAAGCACAAGGAGCGGAGGGACCCCCUCCCCCCCGAAAGCAAGGGCGUCCUCGGCUCGCUGGGCAUCAAUGUGGGGGGCGGAAGCAAGUUUGUGGAACAGGACGACUGGUUCCACGACCGCAAGGUUUAUCUCGAUGCCCUCGAGAACCAGCUGCGCGGCCUUCUCAAGGUCAUGGACGUCAUGGUCAGCCAGCGCAAGAUGAUGGCCGAUGCAGCCGCAGACUUUUCCGCCUCCCUCCAUGCCCUGUCCACAGUCGAGUUGUCUCCCUCGCUCUCGGGGCCUCUCGACGCCCUCUCCGACCUCCAGCUCACCAUCCGCGACGUGUACGACCGCCAGGCUCAACAAGAUGUCCUGACUUUUGGCAUCAUCAUCGAGGAGUACAUCCGUCUCAUCGGCUCCGUCAAGCAAGCCUUUAUGCAGCGCCAAAAGGGGUUCUACGCCUGGCACUCGGCCGAGUCGGAGCUGCACAAGAAAAAGGCGACGCAGGACAAGCUUCUCCGGCAGGGCAAGAGCCAGCAGGACCGACUAAACCAGGUCAACGCCGAGGUUGGUGAGGCGGAGAGAAAGGUGCACCAGGCGAGGCUGCUCUUUGAGGAAAUGGGCCGGUCUAUCCGGUCGGAGCUCGAUCGGUUCGAGAAGGAAAAGGUUGAGGACUUUAAGAGCGGCGUGGAAACGUUUCUGGAGAGCGCCGUCGAGGCACAAAAAGAGCUGAUUGAGAAGUGGGAGACGUUCCUGAUGCAACUGGACGCCGAGGAUGAUGAAUCCGCCUUUUACCGACCACCCGUCUACCAACAGAAUAAGCCGCCCGGCGACACUGCAAUUGACCGUGCCAGGGCGAACAUGGACGACUCGGACUAG